AUGGGGGACUUUGUUGAUUUUAUCCAAGACAACCUCUGGCUGCACGUGCGCUCACAGCUGGCCGAACUUUUGGCAGAGGCGGCGUCGAUGAACUGCCAGUACUACCUGCGCGGGCACCCCAGCAUGCGCUUGCAUCAGCACUUGCCCCAAAUUGGCAGCCGGACAAAGAAGAGCUGGUUUGCCAUUCAAAAAAUGAACGGGCCUGACCAAGUUUUGGCUCUUGUGCCGCGGGCUUCUCGCUGCGUUUUCCCCUUGAACAUCUCUGUUCGCAAGCACCUUCGUGCCAUCUUAGCCUCGUUACAGCAUCCCUACAUCCAGCCCAUGACGGAGCUUGAUUUCCUCUCCGAACAGUGUUCGCCGCUCGCGCCAUGGGAGAACAAGUACAAGCGCCGCGGCCGCCCCUUCCCCCCGGGUCGUAUCGCGCGCACUACCUUCCAGAUUAUCGAGGGCAUUGAAUUCUUGACGAGCAAGGGCUUGCAAUACCGUAACUUGCACAGCGGAAACAUCAUUCUUCAAGAUGGCAUUCCCCGGAAGGAUCGCGAUCGAUUCGACACAGUGUGCCUGGGGCAUGUCGUCUACGAGAUGGCGAUGGGCCAAGAGUCGGCUGAUGCUCGGCCCAACAUGAACGAGCUGAUUGGCCAGUGUCCGCCUCAAGUGGUUGAGCUGUUGGCCUUUAUCUUUUACAAUGCCGAGGGCCGCGUGCCAACCUUGCAAGAGGUCAAAGCGCAUCCGUUUGUAGCGCAAAUCAAGCCCAAGGAUGUUCGGGAGCUGCACGAAUACAACCCGCUGCAGCCGGCCAGUCUCCAUGCCAACCGGACCGGUCACGUCCACGCCGAAAUCAUCGGCGCCAGCGCCAGCGCCGGCCCCGCCUCCAAUGACCCCCACCGCGGCAUCGACGCCAGCGCCACCCCCGCCGGCGGCGGCUGCAGGUGCGACCGGACAUGCCUCACACCAAUUACUAAAUUGAGCGAAGCAAAAUCUUCUGCCAUGCUCAUGACGUGA